AUGAAUUUUGAAGGUCUUGACCCCUCCCUCGCUGAAUAUGCUUCCCCCCUGCACCCCACGCUGGAUCCUGUCCUGGACCCCCACCUCAACCCCAACUUGCUGCAGAACGUGGAGCUGGAUCCCGAGGCGGUGCCGUUAGAGGGGCUCCCGGUACCGGAGUCGGUGCAUCUCAUGGAGGGCAUGUACAGCGAGCUGCACACCGCCGUCUCCGAAGUGGGGGGGCCCGUCUCUGUCUCCCACUUUGACCUGCACGAGGAGAUGCUGUGGGUCGGGAACCACGGGGGCCACGCCACCUCCUUCUUCGGCCCGACGCUGGAGCGAUAUUCCUCCUUCCAAGUGAACAGCAGCGACGACAUCCGCCAGAUCCAGAGCCUGGAGAACGGUGUCCUUUUCCUGACCAAAACCAACCUGAAGUACAUGUCACGAGGAGGCCUCAUCAUUUUUGACUACCUCAUGGAUGAGUCCGAGGACAUGCACAGUCUCCUGCUGACAGACAGCAGCACGCUGCUUGUUGGUGGGCUGCAGAACCACGUCAUUGAGAUAGAUCUCAACACCGUCCAGGAGACACAGAAGUACACCGUGGAGGUUCCCGGCAUCACCAUCAUGAGGCAAUCAAACCGCUUCUUCUUCUGUGGGCACACCUCGGGGAAGGUCUCCCUGCGGGACCUGCGCACGUUUGUGGUGGAACACGAGUUCGACGCGUACUCGGGCAGCUUGUCUGAUUUCGAUGUCCACGGGAACCUGCUGGUGACCUGUGGCUUCUCCAGCCGGAUGAACGGCCUGGCCUGCGACCGCUUCCUCAAGGUGUACGACCUGCGCAUGAUGCGGGCCACCACCCCUCUGCAGGUCCACAUCGACCCCUUCUUCCUCCGUUUCAUCCCCACCUACACCUCCCGCCUGGCCAUCAUCUCCCAGACAGGUCAGUGCCAGUUCUGUGAGCCCACUGGCCUCGCCAACCCUGCUGACAUCUUCCAUGUGAACACCGUCGGGCCCCUGAUCAUGACCUUCGAUGUCUCGGCCAGCAAGCAGGCCCUGGCCUUUGGUGACUCUGAGGGCUGUGUCCACCUCUGGGCUGACUCCCCAGAGGUCACCUUCAACGCCUACUCCCGGGAGACUGACUUUGCCUUGCCCUGCAUUGUGGACACGCUGCCUCACUUGGACUGGAACCAGGACCUCAUGCCGCUCUCGCUCAUCCCCGUGCCGCUGACCAGUGACACUCUGCUCUCUGACUGGCCUGCAGCCAACUCUGCCCCGGCACCCCGGCGAGCCCCCCCGGUAGAUCCUGAGAUCUUGCGCACCAUGAAGAAGGUGGGGUUUAUCGGUUACGCCCCAAACCCAAGGACCAAGCUCCGCAACCAGAUUCCUUAUCGGUUAAAAGAGACGGACAAUGAGUUCGACAGCUUCAGCCAAGUCCCCGAGUCCCCCAUUGGGCGGGAAGAGGAGCCACACCUCUACAUGGUGGCCAAGAAGUACAGGAAGGUCACCAUCAAAUACUCCAAGCUGGGGCUGGAAGAUUUUGACUUCAAGCAUUACAACAAGACUCUGUUUGCAGGCCUGGAGCCCCAUAUCCCCAACGCCUACUGCAACUGCAUGAUCCAGGUGCUGUAUUUCUUGGAGCCAGUCCGUUGCCUGGUCCAGAACCACCUGUGCCAGAAGGAGUUCUGCCUGGGCUGUGAGCUGGGCUUGCUCUUCCACAUGCUGGACCUGUCCCGAGGAGACCCCUGCCAGGGAAGCAACUUUUUGCGGGCUUUCCGCACAAUCCCGGAGGCUUCGGCGCUGGGGCUGAUCCUGGCUGACUCGGACGAAGCCACGGGGAAGGUGAACCUGGGGCGGCUGAUUCAGAGCUGGAACCGUUUCAUCCUUACUCAGCUGCACCAGGAAACCCAGGAGCAGGAGGGACCACAGGCGUAUCGAGGGGCUGGCAGCAGCAGCUUUGGGUCCUCGGGGGACUCGGUUAUCGGGCAGCUCUUCAGCUGCGAGAUGGAGAACUGCAGCAUGUGUCGCUGUGGCAAGGAAACGGUCCGUGUGUCCUCCACACUGCUCUUCACCCUCUCCUACCCUGAGAGCACUGAAAAGCCAGUCAAAGAUUAUGAGUUUGCCCAAAUUUUAAAGCGAAGCAUCUGCUUGGAGCAGAACACACAAGCCUGGUGUGAGAACUGUGAGAAGUACCAGCCCACGGUCCAAACCCGGAACAUCUGCUGUCUGCCAGAUGUCCUGGUCAUUAACUGUGAGGUGAACAGCUCCAAGGAGGCAGAUUUCUGGAAGACACAGGCUGAGUAUUCCUUUCAGAGAGCCAUGAUGAAGAGAGGAGGCUUUGAGAUCACCAAAGGCAAAGAAAUCUCACUUGGAGAGUGGAAAGAUCUGGGGAACCCCGAGACGGGGCAUUCAUAUCCUUCUGUGGAGGAACUGAAGAAUAUUUGGAUCCCCCAUGCCAUCAAGAUGAAGCUGACCAAGAGCAAGGAGCUGGAUGUCUGCAACUGGAGUGAGAAUGAUGAGCUGAGCCCAACUGAUGACCCCGAGUCGGUCUAUAUCUAUGACCUAAUGGCCACAGUCGUCCAUAUCCUGGAUUCCCGCACGGGGGGCAGCCUGGUGGGGCACAUCAAAGUGGGAGAGACCUACCACCAAAGGAAGGAGGUGAGGAGAGCUGUGGGAUGGGAGCUCUGGUAUCUCUUCAACGACUUCCUCAUCGAGCCCGUGGAUAAGUGUGAGGCAGUGCAGUUUGACAUGAGCUGGAAGGUGCCAGCUAUCCUGUACUACGCCCGGAGGAACCUCAACGCCAAGUACAACCUCGUCAUCAAGAACCCCAUCGAGGCCAACGUGCUGCUGGCAGAGGCCUCCCUGGCUCGCAAGCAGCGCAAGUGCCACGCCACCUUCAUCCCCCUCAUGUUGAGCGAGAUGCCACAGGCAGGCGACCUGGUGGGGCUGGACGCUGAGUUUGUCACGCUGAACGAGGUCAGGACUCGGGGGACGGGNACCAAAUCCACCAUCAAGCCCAGCCAGAUGUCGGUGGCCAGGAUCACGUGUGUGCGUGGGCAGGGCCCAAACGAGGGUGUCCCCUUCAUCGAUGACUACAUCUCCACCCAGGAGCAG